CUUGAUCAUUCGACAAACAAAGAAAAAUACAAAUUGCCGGCUGAAUUAGGCUGAAUUUUCUUAAAUAUAAAAGGAAAGUACGAACAGGGACUCUUUUUUUUUUUUCCUUGUUCGGAAAUAAACUUUACAAUGCAAAACUUCCAAUCUAAAAAUCUUAAUCACGUUUCUGUUAUACUUUUAUGUCUAUUACCAAUCAUGACUUCAUCAAAAUCUUUGUCUCCAAGCAACCACUUAGCUCCUGUAAUGCCAACCACACCUUUGCUCACGUUUCUUGAACAUCUUCAACAAACCGCUCUCGUUACUUUCGGCGACAAAGACUUUGACCCUAAACUCUACGUUGAUUUCUCAUUGAAGUUUAAUCUUUCAGCCACUCAGAAAGCUUUUAACAGGCUUACAAGGACAGGAAACGGUACCGUUUCUGUGAAUGAUUUACAGGAGUUUAUAGCAAGUCAUUUUAAUGGUGCUGGUCAGGAUAUUGUGUACCAUCUUCCUCCUGAUUUUGUGGCUGUUCCUGAUGGGUUCUUGCAUAAGGUUGAGAAUCCUGAGGUUAGGAAGUGGGCUCUUGAGGUUCAUUCUUUAUGGAAAAAUUUGAGCCGGAAAGUCUCCGAUGGAACCAAGAAACGUCCUGAGUUGCAUACUUUGCUUCCUUUGCCGGCCGCUCCGGUGAUUAUUCCGGGGUCUCGUUUUAGAGAGGUUUAUUAUUGGGAUUCUUAUUGGGUUAUCAGGGGAUUGUUGGCUAGUAAAAUGCACGAGACUGCGAAAGCUAUCGUGACGAAUUUAGUUUCGCUUGUGAAUACUUAUGGUUAUGUACUUAAUGGAGCAAGGGCUUAUUACACCAAUAGGAGUCAACCUCCUCUCCUGAGUGCGAUGGUUUACGAGAUAUAUAAACGGACCGGUGAUAUGGAACUGGCUAAAACAGCAUUGCCUGCAUUGCUCAAGGAAUACCAAUUUUGGAAUUCUGAUAUACAUAAGGUCACCAUUAAAGAUGCUCAAGGCAAUUAUCACAACUUAAGUCGGUAUUAUGCGAUGUGGAAUAAAGCUAGGCCUGAAUCUUCAAUCAUUGACCAAAAAUCCGCUUCCAAGUUUGUAAAUCCGUCAGAAAAACAGCAAUUUUACCGAGAAUUGGCUUCAACUGCUGAAUCUGGUUGGGAUUUCAGCACACGAUGGAUGAGGAAUUCUUCAGAGUUUACGACAUUGUCCACAACAUUGAUUUUACCUGUUGAUUUAAACGUAUUUAUACUUCAGAUGGAGCGGAACAUUGUGUUCUUGGCAAAAGAAACAGGAGAGAAAAGCAUUGCAGAACGCUUUUCGGAAUAUUCUAAAGCAAGAAAAAGGGCAAUAAACUCGGUAUUCUGGAAUGACAAAAUGGGACAGUGGCUCGAUUACUGGAUCACCAAUGACACUACAAGCCAGGAAUCUCAAUUAUGGAAAGCUAGUAACCAGAAUCAGAAUGUGUUUGCUUCAAAUUUUUCGCCUUUGUGGCUUAACACGUUCAAUUCAGAUACUGUUCUAGUGGAGAAAGUCAUGAAAAGCCUACAAAAGUCGGGCCUGGUUCAAGCUGCUGGAAUUGCCACUUCUCUAACAAAUUCAGGACAACAAUGGGACUUUCCAAAUGGUUGGGCUCCACUUCAACAUAUGAUAGUAGAAGGUCUAGCAAGAUCAGAAUCAAAAGAAGCAAAAUCAUUGGCAGAAGAUAUAGCUGCUAGAUGGGUGAGAACCAAUUACAUUGGAUACAAGAAAACCGGCGCAAUGCACGAAAAAUACGAUGUAGAAAAGUGUGGAGAAUCCGGAGGUGGAGGUGAAUAUAUACCUCAGACUGGUUUCGGGUGGUCUAACGGAGUCGUAUUGACAUUCUUGGAGGAGUUUGGAUGGCCGCAUGACCGGAGCAUAGACUGCUCAUCGACUUAGUUUGAUUAAUAUAUACACUACAAAAAAAACUAUCAAUUUAUAACUGCCAAAUUUACGACGGAAUUAUGAUAGAAAGUACUAUCACAAAAUUUUGUGGCAGAAUUUCCAUAAAUUUGGCAGUCAGAAAUUGAUAUAUUUUGUAUAGUGUCCUAGAAUGAAAACUUUCAGUUUGUGUUUGUAAACUUGCCUCUUGUCAAGCAGAGACGAGUGAGCAAUAGCAAAUCAAUACAAUGCCGUGUCUUAGUUUGUAUGCAUAGGAUAAAAGUCAGUGUAUUGCCUAAAGCAGAACGAGUACAGGGUAAUUAUUUUGUUCCUCGGGUAUGUAUUUAUGGUUGGUCCCAGCAAUAGCAAUCAACACAAAGUUUCUCUGAAA